GGCGGUUAGCAGACGGCUCGAAGCGGGACCCUUAAAAAUAAAAACACCUCAUCGUAUGCUUUAACCAACUCCGGGAUGUCACUUUAACAGCAUAUUUGAGCGUGUAUCUUGUUAUUUUGAGUAAGAGUACAUUAGUUUUAAACGAUUAUGCUAGACCGGUGCUAGGUCCGGAUUUGUUCCGAUUCUCGCUGCGUUUAAGUGUCACAUAUCGCGAUGUCCGUUAAAGGUUAACACUUUUAACCCUAAUCUCCAUUAAUCUGUCACAUUAAGUGUCUCACUCACCUUGCUAGCUAACAAAGAGGAACGAAAACGAUACAAAAUGCCUCCUAAGAAGCAACAAAUGAGGCCGAAAGCAGCCAACGUCUCCAGCUCCUUGGAUCUGGAGUCGGAGGACAUCAGCCUGGAGACAACCGUCCCGACCACCGAGGACAUCUCCUCCUCGGACGAGCAGCGGGACGGCUCCCAGAAAGUGACCCGGCAGCUGAUCGAGAGGAAGGAGCUGCUGCACAACAUCCAGCUGCUGAAGAUCGAGCUUUCUCAGAAAAACCUCGUCAUAGACAACAUGAAGGCUGACCACAUGUCCAAGAUUGAUGAGCUGGAAGAGAGGCUGAAUGAUGCUGUACACCAGAAACAAGUUUUGGCUCUGAGACUGGACAGCCAGCUGAAACUUACUCAAGAGGAGAGCAGGAAGCAGCAGGUUCUGCGUAAGCAAGAGAUGGAAACCGUCCUGCUCAGGCAGCAGCAGCUAGAGGAGACGAACCGGCAGCUGUGUGAGAAAGCUGGAGAGCUGCGGAGGUCGCUCAGAGAUCUGGACAUCUCUCAGGACAAGUACCAGGAGCUCCGUGACCUCCCUGAGGACAAAAUCUCCAUACAGGAAUAUGUAGCUAUGCGUUUCUACGAGGCGGUGACUCCUCUGCGGGCUCAGCUGGCUGAGCUCAGUACAAAGAGAAGCAGUUUGACUGAAGACCUGGAUACACACAGGACCCAGAUGAAGGCUCUGAUGGAGAGCUACGAGGAGGAGCGACGGAUACGUACUGAGCUGGAGCUGAGGAGCCAAAGAUUGACCCUCGAACUGGCCGAUACCAAACAGCAAAUCCAAGAGGGCGACUAUCGCAGAGAAAACUACCCUGCCAUCAAACGUGAGCGUGACAACAUUGACACUGAACUGAAGGAGUUAAAGAGAAGAUUUGAGACACUAGACCUGACUCACACUUCAGUUACCAGAGAAAGGAACACACUCAGCAAAGAGGUGGCGACUUUGCAGCAGUCAGUGACUCUCCUGCAGAAGGACAAGGAGUAUUUACACAGGCAGAACACGGAGCUCAGUGUGCGUUGUGCACACGAGGAGGAUCGCCUAGAGAGGCUGCAGGUGCAAUUAGAAGACACUAAGAAGGCGAGGGAGAACGCCUACGAGAAAUAUGUAGCAUCCAGAGACCACUAUAAGUCAGAGUAUGAGACCAAGCUGAGGGAAGAGUUGGAGAACAUCAGGCUGAAAACUGGUCAGGAGAUAGACAACCUGCAGAGAACCUCCAGGGAGAUGUAUGAGAGGGAGAACAGGAACUUGCGUGAGGCCAGAGACAAUGCAGUGCUGGAGAGGGACAGAGCUGUGGCUGCAGAGAGAGACACUCAGUCCAGAUAUGACCAACUACUGGAACAGUUUCGGCAGCUCCAGCUGGGAACCGACAGCCGGGUAGCAGAGCUGUCUAACCAGGCCAAGCUGCACUCCUUCGAAGCUGAGCGCGCUCAGAUGGUUAAGGACGAAACGGCUAAGGCCCUGGCUCAGUGCCAGGUGGAGUGUGAGAAACAGCAAAAGAAAUUGGAGCUUCUGACCCAGGAGUUUUACAGGCUGCAGACGUCAUCAGAGAAGCGGCUGGCGGAGCUGCAAGCUCAGAAUGCCGAGCAGGCGUCUCGCCUGGAGACGUACGAAAAGCUCGAGCAAGAGUUGGACCAAGUCACCAUGCAGGCUGCUGAAAUUGAGAAUGAAGAGGAGGCAGAGAGAGUUUUGUUCUCGUAUGGUUAUGGAGCAAAUGUUCCCACGACGGCCAAAAGAAGACUAAAACAGAGCGUUCACCUGGCCCGCAGGGUGCUGCAGCUCGAGAGGCAGAACACAUCACUGAGGAGAGAGCUGGAGAGACACAAGUCACAAACGGGACAGAUAUCUGGAGAGUUGUUGGCAGCCAACCAGCUGUUACAGCAGACGCAGCAGCCUUAUAGCUACCUGAUUGAGACGGUGAGACAAAGGGACGCACAGAUCAGCAAGCUGAGGGAGCGCCUCACCACGCUGGAGGAUGAUGUCAGCUCCCUGAGGAAAGAACGAGCUGCACUGGAACAGGUGAAAAACAACAUGGCCGCUGAUCUGGAGAGACUCCUCAACCAUCGAGAGGAGUUAGCAGUGAUGAAGCAGGUCCUGAUCAGCAUGCGGUCCAGACAGGGAGACGCUCUAAACCUGUUGGAAACAGAUAAAGCUGCCGUCAGGACCUCUGGUGCAGGAAAACACCAGUCCAAACGCAUCAACAGGACCACAGAAGAAGAGUCGCCAAACAAACCCAAACCCACGGUGUUUACAAAUAAAGAAGUUCCUGAUUGGUACCAAAAGUUAAAGCAGAAACCGAAAUGAACAUUCAUUUGUGUUACUACUGGUGCUAUUAAUUAUCACUCAGGGCUUUGACAAUUUUUUUUCAGGGCUUUUGUAUUUUAAACUUUUAGACUUCUUAUUGAACCAACUUAAAUACAAAAGCAUAAAAUGUUCCUGGU